CUCGGGAGCUCGCGAAAGGGCGUGAAAUUACCAUUUUGCCAUCGUCGUCAUCAAUUAUCCAACUUCCUCCAAUUUCCCCAAAAAAGCCGUCACUCAAAAACCUCCACCUCCCUCUCUCUAUCUCUGGCUUCUCUCUCCUCCGUGCGUGCUUCUCCGCUCAAUUUCGACUCUUAAACUUCUUGCCGAGGCUCCUCGUCGCCGAUUGGACCCUCGCCGCAGCGUCCCGCUCAAUGUGAUAGAGCCUCUCUCGUUGGAGUUUCAUCGGGUUGUCGGCGAGCGAAGAUGGCGAUCGCCGACAGGCAGAAGCCGAAGGUGUUCGGCCUGUGUCCGUUUUGGCAGUCGGCCAGCUUGAACACGUCCUCUUCUUCGGGCUCCACGCAGAACCUUCACAACAGCAAUGUCUACCACGACAGGAGCCAGGCUGGCCGGCCCGUGGACGGAUCGCGCGUGCGGCCCGGCUCGUCCAAUACGGUGUCUUCGGUCGCCAGAUCGCUCCUCCCCGCCCGGCGCCGGCUCCGGCUCGAUCCGGCGAAUAAUCUCUACUUCCCCUAUGAACCGGGCAAACAGGUGAGGAGCGCAAUCAGAUUAAAAAACACGAGCAGGUCACAUGUUGCUUUCAAGUUCCAAACUACUGCACCGAAAAGCUGUUAUAUGCGUCCUCCUGGUGGUACCCUUGCUCCUGGUGAAAGUAUUAUAGCUACAGUCUUCAAGUUUGUGGAGCAUCCAGAGAAUAAUGAAAAGCAACCAGACCAAAAGAGCAAGGUCAAAUUCAAGAUAAUGAGCCUGAAAGUCAAAGCAGGGACAGACUAUGUGCCUGAGCUGUUUGAUGAACAAAAGGAUCAAGUAACAGUGGAGCGAAUUUUACGUGUUGUCUUUCUAGAUGUCGAGCGCUCCACUCCUGCAAUGGAAAAACUGAAGCGUCAGUUGGCAGAAGCUGAGGCUGCUCUUGAAACCCGCAAGAAACCUCCAGCAGAAACAGGAGCUCAAGUUGUAGGAGAUGGUCUCGUGAUAGAUGAAUGGAAGGAGCGGAGGGAGAAGUAUCUGGCUCGACAACAAGUCGAAGCUGUAGGAUCAGCAUAAAAGUCAUUUGAUCUUGCUAGAAACACCAUUUUGGCCCAAAUUGGAAAAUAUCAAAUCAACCUUUCCAUGCAUGGGCUUGAUGUGUGUCAACUGAAAUUAAGGAAGGAGGUGAAUUGUCUUAAAGGGCUGCUUGUAGAGAAAGAGUAGCUUCUGGGAUGCCUCCGGUGAUGGCCUUGUAAAAUUAUUGAACAGAAGGAUGCAAGUCGGGGAUGAUAUCAGAGUUUGGGUUGUGGCUACUUCCUUUCAAUGGAUUUUGCUGUGCCACAGAGAAUAAUAAUGUCAGAUUAUGUCGCAGUUUGUUCGAGAUAUGUGGAUUGGGUUGUCGGAGAAUGGAUGUAGGUGUUUUCUUUCCCUGUGGAUUUGAUUCUAGAAUCUAGGUUAGAUAUCGGGUUUGUUUACUUAAUGGCUCCUGUCACUUUUGAAAUUUUACUUUCACAUAUGCAUUUUUCCCACCUGUCUCGAGUUAUUUUACCUUUGUAAAGCAAUGACAGGUAAGAAUUUAGCUUAAUUUUUAUGAAGUGAUGGUAGCGAAUUAGAGU